AGGAGGUCAGGGCCUGGCGGCGUGGCCUCGGCCGACGACACGGAGGGACCGCGCUCAGUGUCGCUGAGGCCCUGCUGUGAGCUCACUUCGGGACUGCUGAUUCCGGGGUCUCUUUGGGGGACCGGCCGGCCAGGCGGAGGCGAGUGAGGGGACCAAGGGACUUCCGUUUCCUUCGAGAUUGGGCCCGGCGCACAGCGGAGUUGGUAUUUCCAAGUUGGGGCCCGGGUCGCCCCUCCUUCGGGACCCUGCCCCCGGGACCGAGCUGAUCGCCACUGGCUGCUGAGGCCGGCUCUCCAGGCUUGAAAAAGUGGACAAAUCCUGUUUUCAAGAGAAGAUGACUUGUAACAGUUUUGAAGCAUCUAAAGCUUGUGUGACUGCAGACAUCAGUAAGGAUGGAGAAUUUGUAGAAGAGUUAAAUAGAUUAAAAACUUUUGCUAAUUUUCCAAGUAGUAGCCCUGUUUCAGCAUCAACACUGGCCCGAGCAGGUUUUCUGUAUACCGGUGAAGGAGAUACCGUGCGCUGCUUUAGUUGUCAUGCAGCAGUGGAUAGAUGGCAAUAUGGAGAUUCAGCAGUUGGAAGACACAGGAAAGUAUCCCCAAAUUGUAGAUUUAUCAACGGAUUUUAUUUUGAAAAUAGUGCUGCACAGCCUACAAAUGUUGGUGUCCAAAAUGGUCAGUGCAAAGCUGAAAACUAUCUGGGAAGCAGAAAUCAUUUUCCUGUAGAUAGACCACCUGAGACUCGUGCAGACUAUCUUUUACGAACUGGACAGGUUGUAGAUAUAUCAGACACUGUAUACCCAAGGAAUCCUGCCAUGUGUAGUGAAGAAGCUAGAUUAAAAUCAUUCCAGAACUGGCCAGACUAUGCCCACCUGACUCCCAGGGAGUUAGCUAGUGCUGGACUCUACUAUACGGGUAUUGACGAUCAAGUGCAGUGCUUCUGUUGUGGUGGAAAACUGAAAAAUUGGGAACCUUGUGACCGUGCCUGGUCUGAACACAGACGACACUUUCCGAACUGCUUCUUUGUUUUGGGCCGGAAUAUUAAUGUUCGAAGUGAAUCUGAUGUGAGUUCUGAUAGGAAUUUCCCAAAUUCAACAAUUCUUCCAAGAAAUCCAGCCAUGGCAGAGUAUGAAGCCCGGAUCAUUACUUUUGGGACGUGGACAUACUCAGUUAACAAGGAGCAGCUCGCGAGAGCUGGAUUUUAUGCUUUAGGUGAAGGUGAUAAAGUAAAGUGCUUUCACUGUGGAGGAGGACUAACUGAUUGGAAGCCCAGUGAAGACCCCUGGGAACAACAUGCCAAGUGGUAUCCUGGGUGUAAAUAUCUGUUGGAAGAGAAGGGACAAGAAUAUAUAAACAAUAUUCAUUUAACCUGUUCACUUGAGGAGUCUCUGGUAAGAACUGCUGAAAAAACACCUACAUUGACUCAGAAAAUUGAUGAUACCAUCUUCCAGAAUCCUAUGGUACAAGAAGCUAUACGAAUGGGAUUUAGUUUCAGGGAUGUUAAGAAAAUAAUGGAAGAAAAAAUUCAGACAUCUGGGAGCAACUAUGUAUCACUUGAGGUUCUAGUUGCAGAUCUAGUGAGUGCUCAGAAAGAUACUACACAAGAUCAAUCAAGUCAGACUUCUCUGCAGAAGGAGAUUAGUACUGAGGAGCAACUAAGGCGCCUACAAGAAGAGAAGCUUUGCAAAAUCUGUAUGGAUAGAAAUAUUGCCGUGGUUUUUAUUCCUUGUGGACAUCUGGUCACUUGUAAAGAGUGUGCUGAAGCAGUUGACAAAUGUCCCAUGUGCUACACAAUCAUUACUUUCAAGCAAAAAAUUUUUAUGUCUUAAUCUCAGUCUAUAAUAAGCAUGUUAUGUUCUCCUCUUUAAAAAAAAAUGUUCUCUUUAUUAUCCUGACUGAAUGUGUGAUGUGAAGGAACUGUAAGCAAUCAGCAUUGAAUUCCAUCAGCAUUUGCUGCCAACUAGAAAAAAAUAUAAACAGCAGUGUUGUAGUUGGCGAUCUAAGCCUUGAAUUUCUAGAUUUUUCAAGUUAUUAACUGCUAUCAUUUACCCAAUUUUUUCAUUGUUAUUCGAUUGAAACUAGACUAAAAAGGAUCAUACUAUAACUGCUCGUACUGUGUAUUUGUAGUACGCUGACUUAGCUUCUAAAAUGUAAGUGAAUUAAUCAUCUGAAUGUUUUAUUCUUUUCAGAUAGGCUUAACAAAUGGAGCAUUCUGUAUGAACGUGGAGAUUAUAGUUAAUCUCUUCAGUCACGUUUGUUUUGUGUGAAAAAGGAAUGAAAUGUUCCACGCUGGUGGAAAGAUAGAAAAUAUU